UGCCACCUGUCAGUGCCCAUCAAUGCCAGCUGUCAGUGCUCAUCAAUGCCACCUGCCAGUGCCACAUCAAUGCCACAUAUCAGUGCCUACCAGUGCACAUCAAUGCCACAUAUCAGUGCCUAUCUGAGCUGCCUUUCAGUGUCACCUAUCAGUGCCAGUCAGUGCCACCUAUCAAUGCCAGUCAUCAGUGCCACCUAUCAGUGCCUAUCAGUGUCGCCUAAAAGUGCCAGUCAGUGACACCUAUCAGUGCCAGUCAAGGCUGCCUAUCAGUGCCGCCUAUCAGUGCCAUAUAUGAGUACUGUCUUUCAGUGCCCAUCAGUGAUGCCU